CGUGGCUCCCAGCCUUUCCCUUCUCCUUCUGCUGCUUCCCGCGACCACGUCCUGCCGGCCGUUCGUGGUCGCGCAUGGGCACGAAAGGCAAAAGCAGGCUGCGCAAUAAGCGCGGAGGCGUGGCCCUUCGGCCGCAUGCGCCUCCCGUAGCCCAGGCGAAGGCCGGCGGCGGCGACCCAACGGCGAAGACAGGGUCGGAGGAGAAGGUGGCUAUCCUCACGGCCCACAACGCCGCGGAGCUGCCAAAGGCGCGGGCAGAGGUCGACAACGCGCAGCAGCGCGACGAUGGCGAGGUGGUGCUCCCUCAGGUGACCGACCUUCACCUUCACGGCGCCACCGAUGGGAAGGCCGCGCAGCCGGCCGACGACGGCCCUGGCGAGCUCGAGCGGGAAGCGCCGGGGUCGGGCGAGGUUGUGCUCCCUGACGAGGUCGAGGCACCUGGCCUUCACGGCGCCACCAAGGAGGCCGACGAUGUGCCAGUGGCGAUCGAGGGGGAAGCGCCCGGGUCGGGCGAGGUGGUGGUGCCCCCCGACGAGGUCGAGGAGCCCGUCCUUCACAGCGCCACCGCAGAGGAGGUCGUGCGGCCGGCGACGGAGGAGGCGGACGACGUGCCUGUCAAACUCGAGGCGGGAGGAUCGGGGGAGGAGACGCACGCGCCGCACGCCGAGAAGGAGCUCCCGGACGACACCUUCGCUGGCGAUGUCCUCGUGGACCAUAACGUCGUCCACCCCGAGGAGGUCGCCUCCCUGCGCCGGCGCCUGGCCGCCGCGCGGGCGAGGAACCUCCUGAACCCGGAUACGAUCGACGAACUAAACAAGCUGUUCGAGGAGAUGGGGCUCUCGGUUGCCGUCGCGUCGAAGGGCCAAGGUCGCCGUUGAAGAGACGAAACUGCAAAAAUAAAAGUCAUGGACUGGAGUUGGGGACCUAAAUGUUUGAGAUAUGCCCACUUUCUGAUGAAAAAGAAGAGAUGGCCUAAAUGUUUUCUGAAUUUACUUUGAGUUGAUCAGGAAGAGCCUCUCUUUUCUCUUCAUCCGCCUGUGCCCAAGAUUUCCCAUUUUCAAGUUUUCAAUUCGUUCAUUAAA